CGUGGCUGGGUGCUAGAGCGGUGAUAGUUGCCGUGUGCGAAACCUCCGCCUCUUUCUCUCGGGCUGCGGGCGGAGACACAGCAUCGUGCCGGUCCUAGGGGUCUGUAACAAUAUACCUGAAGUCAAGAAUGUUUUCCAAACUAGCCCACUCACAAACCUUUGCUGUUUUGCGUCGUGGUGUUCAUGCUUCAGUGAGUGCUUCUACAUCAGUUGCAACUAAAAAAAACAUCGAGGGACCUCAAUCCUCUGAGUACAUAUUUGAACGUGAAGCUAAAUAUGGUGCACACAACUAUCAUCCCCUACCUGUUGCUCUAGAAAAAGGAAGAGGUAUUUAUAUGUGGGAUGUAGAAGGCAGAAAAUAUUUUGAUUUCUUGAGUGCUUACAGUGCUGUCAAUCAAGGUCACUGUCAUCCAAAGAUUGUGAAAUCUCUGAAAUCUCAAGCUGAGAAACUGACCCUUACCUCUAGGGCAUUCUACAAUGAUGUACUUGGUGAAUAUGAAGAGUUUAUCACCAAAAUGUUCAACUACAGCAAAGUUCUUCCAAUGAACACAGGUGUGGAAGCUGGAGAAACUGCCUGUAAACUGGCUCGCAAAUGGGCAUAUACCGUGAAGGGAAUUCCAAAAUACAAAGCAAAGAUUAUUUUUGCAGCUGGGAACUUCUGGGGUAGAACAAUGUCUGCUAUCUCUAGCUCUACAGAUCCAACUAGUUAUGAUGGUUUUGGACCAUUUAUGCCAGGUUUUGAAGUAAUUCCGUACAACGACCUUCCAGCUCUUGAGCGUGCACUUCAGGAUCCAAAUGUAGCAGCUUUCAUGGUUGAACCAAUUCAAGGUGAAGCAGGUGUGGUUGUCCCUGACGAAGGUUAUCUAACAGGAGUGCGAGAGCUCUGCACAAAACACAAUGUUCUGUUUAUUGCUGAUGAAAUACAAACUGGCUUAGCUAGAACUGGGAAAAUGCUGGCUGUUGACCAUGAAAAUGUGAGACCUGACCUGGUGCUCCUUGGAAAAGCCCUUUCUGGUGGCUUAUAUCCUGUAUCAGCAGUACUGUGUGAUGAUGAAAUUAUGCUGACCAUUAAGCCAGGUGAACAUGGAUCUACAUAUGGAGGAAAUCCAUUAGCCUGCCGUGUGGCUAUGGCAGCACUUGAGGUGAUUGAAGAAGAAAACUUAAGUGAAAAUGCAGAAGCAAUGGGCAGCCUAUUAAGGAGUGAGCUCAUGAAGACUCCAUCAGACAUUGUGACCUGUGUAAGAGGAAAAGGAUUACUAAAUGCUAUUGUUAUCCGUGAAACUAAAGACUAUGAUGCCUGGAAAGUGUGUCUGCGGCUUCGUGAUAAUGGACUUCUCGCCAAACCCACACAUGGUGACAUCAUCAGGCUGGCACCUCCGCUUGUGAUCAAGGAGGAUGAAAUCAGAGAGUGCAUUGAAAUCAUUCAUAAAACCAUUCUGUCUUUCUGAAGACAUGUUUCAGCACAUC